ACCAGCGCGUGACACGCAGGCUGGCGGACGCGCACGGACGCUCGACGCCGCUGUCAGCGUUACCUGCUAGUGGCCGGCCGGUGAUCCAACUUGUCACCAAGGCGAGUCGCUCCGAUGCCCGCGUGGCAGGUGACGAGGUAAGAGACGGUCGCCGCCACUCGAACUGUGCGCGUGUGCUGCCACACCCCCUCCGCCCAACUUUCCGGAAAGCGUCGCUCCGCGUGUUGAUGGACGUGUGUCGAAGGAGCAAUCUCGCCUGCCAACGGCAGCUGCCCCUGCAUCACGAGCUGUGCCAAAGUUGGUAGCGACGCAAUGGCAAGGAGUUGACACGGUGCGGGGUGAACUGACCGCUGAGACAGUUGUCAACAGAGCUACGACGAACUGUUUACACACUACUAAUACACUACUACAGUGCUCUUAAAUAAACUGCAACCUUUUCAUUCACUGCCUGCCCUAAAUAGUAAGUCAAAUGCUAUUUAAUUUUUUGCGCAGCUUAAGUCUCUUGGUUGUACACCACGCUAUUUAUAUGACGAUUCGUAAGUUCUAGUCUUGAUCCAGAAACAGUUAAGCCUUCUUCGACAAACUUGUAAAGACACUACUGUUCCUAGGAAAGUCUGAAGUGAUGAGAUUACAGUAUUACUAACUGCUCUCUGUCGUGCUGUACAAACUAAUAGUGUCGCAAUAUGUACAAUGUGUUUGAUGUGGACUCUGGACUCUGGGAAAUAAUGGUAAGAAAUAUAAAGCAAUUCUAGUCUCCGCGAAAUGUCUGCUACUAGAUUACUGUUAGCAUUCAGAGGCCAGAAUUAUCGCUGAACACUCAUUCAGAAAAGUAUGGAACGACCUGUUUGUAGUACCAAGUUUAGAGCGUCAGACACUCGACCAUCGAGCGUGUGACCGAACCGAGAUGCUGUCUGGCGGGUGCUACCAGCCGCAGUACAGCGGCAACUGCACCGCGGCCUUCAGCGGCGCCACCACCACGGGGUACCACCCAGCGCACCACCACCAUCACCACCACGUGCACCACCACGGCCAGGUCCACGCGGCCGCCACCCCCUUCUCCGUCAAGGACAUCCUGAACCUGGCGGCGGCCAACGAGCAGCAAGCUGCGAGCCAGUUCUUCCCCGUCAUGGACGUCAGCUUCGCCUUCGACGAGUGCUCCGCAGCCGGCGCCACCUUCACGGCAAGCAACAACAAUAACAUGUGUAACGUCGCGAACAACAACAACAACAUCAACGGCUCCCUGAUCGGCGGCAGCGCAGUGAACGGCACGUCCGGCUUCUGCGACGGCAACGCCCCUCUCGACCCGUUCGCUGACCUGUACUACUCGACCGGGUACGCCGGGGGAGGCGCCGGCGGGAAAGUGUCGGUGUCUGUGGAGGGCUUUUGCGGAGGCGGCGCCGACGUGGACCAGUCGCUGACGUCGCCGCACGUGCAGCAGCUGAGCCACCUGUGUCCGCCAUACCCGGAGCACCAGACGUCGCACGUGCACCAACAACUGCAGCCUCAGCAGCAACACUCCCAGCCGGGCGCGGUUGAAAGCGACAAGACGGUGCGAACAGAUUCGAAAAGGAGCCAGACCGGUCAGCAUCGCCAAAGGAUUAAGAGGAAGCCCAGAGUGCUAUUCUCGCAGGCGCAGGUGCACGAGCUGGAGCGACGCUUCAAGCAGCAGCGUUACCUGUCGGCCCAGGAGCGCGAGCACCUGGCGUCGCACCUCAAGCUGACGUCGACGCAGGUGAAGAUCUGGUUCCAGAACCGCCGCUACAAGAACAAGAGGCAGCGGCUCCUGGAGGGCGCCACCGCAGCCGCCGCCGCAGCUGCAGCUGCUGCCGCCGCCGCCGCUGCCGUCACAGUGAAGAACCUGACGCCGUCCUCGCGGCAACACCCACCACCGUGCCAACAGCAACAACAUCAGCAGCAGCAGCAGCAACAUCAGCAGCAGCAGCAGCAGCCGCGGCGCAUCGCGGUUCCGGUGUUGGUGCGCGACGGCAAGCCGUGCGCCAGCCCGCCGCCCCCGCAACCGCCCCCGCCAGCCUACCACCUGCCUCUGGCCGCCACCGCCGCCGUCAAAGCCGAGGAGGAGUCAUUCCUGUGCCACGGCUACCCCACGGCCUCCACCCCCGGCGCUCUGCAGUUCGACCAGCCGCCGCCGCCGUCGCCCCCAGGUCUGGACGUCUUCACCCGCCAGGACGCUGCCCCCUACUGUGCGGUUGUAGACGCCCACCAGCUGAGAGCCUGGUGAAGGCCGGGCCUUACUAUGCUACAAUAAAUACGACACUCAGAGGAAAAUCGUGCUGGGCUACCUAUGUGGUGUGGUAUCGAAGCGUAUGCUGAUACACGUGUAACGUCUCACCUAGCCCAACACGGACAACGUUCUUCAGCUACGGAACGUCGGCAUAAGGAAAUAGGUAUAGUCUGCUGGACACUCGCUGAUCAUUGAAGACUGCUCUAAUGUGAGGCUACACCACUAUGACAUGCAGCAACUUGGCCUAAAUAAAUGCGCUUAAUUUUGGUGUAGCGGAAAUGACGUUUAUCAUUAAACCACUGCAGAUGAGUCGUAGGAAGCCCAUACAAGUUCAGAGAGAGAGAGAGAGACAGACAGACAGAGACAGAGGGAGAGAGAGAUCUCGCGAGAGAGAGGAGAGAGGAGGAGGGAAGGGAGACACGGGGGAAAGGGGCAUGGCGCUACUAGUUUCCAGAAACCAAAAUGAAAGAACAGUGCUAUCAUAUUAACUCUUAUUUCGGAUACAAACCUUGUGUGAAACACAAAAUAUUUUGUCACGAUGCUCACCCCGCGUUAUUUCAGCUCAUGUGUGCCAUGUAGAGCUGAUUUAUACUUUUACUAUGUGUGUAAUACCUUUGCACGUUUACUAUUCAUCAGAAUAUUUCUUUUUAUUUUUCUUUAUUUAUUUUUUGUAUAUAGGUUAAUAAAUUUUCAUUACAUUUUCUUUGUGCAGAAUAUUUAGCAUGUAUCAAACAACUUUGGGCAUAAAGACAUCAGUACGGAAGUAUCGAAAAUUGCAAGAAAACUUUGAUGUGUUUCAUUACCACGAGCUUUAGAUGAUUACGUUUAGUCACCCCAAGGAUCUGCUUCUCAGGGAAACAGUAACGAAAAUAGACACACGUUCAAGAGGGCUUAUUAAAUGGAAGAAACGGACGUGUUCUGGAACGUACACUGCUCCCUUUGAAAAGAAAAAUAGUUCGUGUUUUGCAGAAGGUCUUCCAGAAUUAAUUUUAGUUUACAAUAGAUUACUGUGGCAACAGUGUUUAAAUGUGAAGGAAGGAGUUUUGAGCUACUUCACACAUGAUGUAAAUACAUCACCACACCUAAUCUUGUUCGAGGCUGUCCUUAGAAAGAAGUGAUAAUGAGACAAAUACUGAGGAGUAUAUUUGGAACAUGUAACAUUCUACGACUCGUAUUUCAGGAUAAUUCUCCAAAGUAGAUCGCGUGGAGUUACGGAGAACUGACGGGAAGCCUAAAUAAACAACUUGUGUUUUACCGGAGACGCCUAUCUGCUCGAUAAGAGAGUGAAUAACGAGUAAUGAACAUCCCGUACACUACAUACACUUAUUAUUUAAGUUGCUACGCAUCCGAAAGACUAUUAACGUGUAUAUUAUGAGUGAAGCUAGUGUUUCAGCUGCAAAAUGUUUGUCGGUACAUGAGCAAGUGUUAAUACCUUUUUGUCAUGUUUGCGCAAUUGCUGCAGACGUUUGCUAGAAGCAUAGAAUUUCGCAGAAGUUUGUUAUUCGUGGUCUUUAUUUGCUGCAAUUUGAGUGAAUGUGUAAUAAAGAACUCGACUUGUA